GUGAAUUGUCAAUGGAACAAGAUGAACAAGGUAAACAGAAAACUGAAGGUUUUCAACUUAGAGAAAUUAUGCAGGGCAUUUCCAGCAUACAGACAACGCUAGCUAAUUUCAUGUUACGACUCGAUGGUCAGGGCAAGCAUCUAGAUGACAUUACUAAAGAAAUUAGAGCGAAAAACGGUAUUCAGGAGAGGCUAGAGAAUGUCCAGGAGCAGGCCAAUGAUACUAUCUACCUCGUAACAGAGUUGCAGGACAAUCAGAAGAAAAUGGAGAGAGAAUUAAAUAGACUCAGGGACUACGUAGUUAAGCUUGAAUAUCGUGUGAACACGCAAAAUAAUCAAAUUAUCGACCUCAAAUCAAGAUCAAUGGAGAACAAUAUUAUUAUCAGUGGGUUGGAGGAAAAAAGUCCAGAGAGAAAGUCCCCGGAAAAUCUUGCUAAUAUUCUUAGAAAUGUUUUCAUGUCUGAAAUGGGGAUGGAAGAGGCAACAGUUAACGAACUCCGAAUAAACAAACUUUUCCGCAUGGGAGAGUAUGAUGUACAAAGAAAGUUCCCGAGACCCAUCUGUGUACAAUUCAGUGAUAAGACACAAAAAGACCUUGUGAUGAAGCAUAUUAAAGUCUUGAAAGAAAAAGAAUCAGUUAUAAGAGUAGCACAGCAGCAGCCGGAAGAGAUCCGAGAGAGGAGAAAGCAACUCUACGAAGUUCAAAAGAAGUAUGCGGAACGCAGUAUCGAGUCAAAAAUCAAGGGUGAUAAACUUGUAUUUACGCAAAGCAACUCCGUUUACCGGGAGAAAGUCGGACCUUUGCCUACCGCAGACGAAGUGAUCACAGAUGACGUGGUAAAUACUGCCGUUAGUACAGGGAAGUCCAUAGAAGAUAACGGGAACCGGUUCAUAGCACACGCUACACAGGUCGACUCCUACAAACAGAUCAAGAAAUCGCUGGUGGAUAUCAUGCGUGUCGAGACUGUGCCAAGCGCGAGUCACAAUAUUUACGCCUACCGUUUCUCAAGUAGUGAUGGAGUGGUGCACGAAGGUUCAAAUGACGAUGGAGAGCAUGGAGCCGGUAGGUUGCUAUUAAAAACGCUGGCCGAUAACGAAAUUAACAAUGCACUUGUAGUUGUGUCAAGAUGGCACGGAAAUAACAUCGGACCCCGUCGCUUCUCGCACAUUAAGGAAGCAGGUCUCGGUGCGGCAAAGAAGUUACCAGUCUCAGUUUGAUAUAUAUCUUUCAAUCUCGCAUAAAAGGUGAAUUCCGACUGUUAUUUGAGUGGACCACUAUCUUGAACCAAUCUUAUUACCGAUAACAGUGUUUCAAAGUGAAAUAAACAUCAGGUGUAUUUAUUGAAAUAUUCCGGAAUAUUUUUUUCUACCUAAUUAUUCCGGCUUUUUUUGAAAUGUUGUAUUUCCUGUUUUGUUUUUCGCAUUUGGUAAACAAUUUUCUUUUCAUUUCAAAUAUUGCCUGGUGUUAACAUAAUAUGUGAAUAUAUUAUUUGACUUAAAUACCACAUAACAAUGGGGGAAUCUAUGCACAUAGUCUCCAUAAUAUCAAACAAAUAUACAUUAUCUAAUUGAUACAAAACAGUCAAGUUAUGAUUUGUUUAAAACCAGAGUUUGCUCUGUUAUUGUUUAAGUUAUUAAACUUUUAUCAUAACUUUCUAUGCUCAUAUCCUUUUUCGCUAUUAAAUAGAAAAGUCUUUGUGCAUAGUAUUCUCUACAAUCCGUUAGCAUUUUUUAUUUUUAUAAAUGUGCCUACUUCCAAUUUAUUAUCAUAACUUUUAAAAAGUUUUUGGCAAAAUCCCCCUCCAAAUAAUCAACAACAAGAGGCAUGUCUUUUUUUCCCAUACUUUUUUCAACUUUUUUCCAAUUAUUUGUUUUUGACAACUGGGGGUCAGCAUUAUUCCUAUCAUCAUACAGACAUUUAUGGGACAUAGGGAAAACAA